GCAUGCGCAGAGCGGGUUUGGGCUGGGGUGGUUGCCUUGGCAGCAGGCAUAGGAAGAGGGGGAUUUGAGCCGCGGACUGUGUGAGGGGAGGCGGCGCGGCCCGUCCACUGAGCCGCGCCGAGGAGGAGGCUGCGGCCGCCGCGGCGGCGGCGAACGAGUAACGGUGUGAAGCGCGGGCGAGCCGCCGAGCGGCUGCGGGGAUGAGGGACCGGCUGGCUGAGCUGACAGCGUGUAAAAAAAAUGAAGAUGGAGAGACAACUGUUGUUGUUGAAAAAGAUCAUUUUAUGGAGGAUUUCUUCCAGCAGGUUGAGGAACUCAGAAACAGUAUAGCAAAAAUAGCACAAAAUGUGGAAGAAGUUAAGAAGAAACACAGCAUUAUCUUGUCUGCAUCAAAUCCUGAAGGCAGAACAAAGGAAGAACUCGAGGACCUGAACAAAGAAAUCAAGAAAAUAGCUAAUAAAAUUCGAGCUAAGUUAAAGGCUAUUGAACAAAGUUCUGAUCAAGAUGGGAAUGCUAAUCGAACAUCAGUUGAACUCAGGAUACGAAAAACACAGCACUUGGUAUUGUCCCGGAAGUUUGUGGACGUCAUGACAGAAUACAAUGAGACCCAGACCCUGUUCAGAGAACGCAGCAAAGGACGGAUACAGCGACAGUUAGAAAUAACUGGAAAGACCACCACUGAUGAAGAACUGGAAGAAAUGUUAGAAAGUGGUAAUGCUUCUAUUUUCACUUCUGAUAUUAUAUCAGACUCCCAAAUUACUAGACAAGCUCUGAAUGAAAUUGAGUCACGACACAAAGAUAUUAUGAAACUGGAAUCCAGUAUACGGGAGCUACAUGACAUGUAUAUGGACCUGGCUAUGUUUGUUGAGACUCAGGGUGAAAUGAUCAACAACAUAGAAAAGGAUGUGAUGAAUGCAUCAGAUUAUGUAGAACAUGCUAAAGAGGAGACAAAAAAGGCAGUUAAAUAUCAAAGUAAAGCACGAAGGAAAAAGUGGAUAAUUGUCAUUCUAUCGCUGGUGUUGGUUGCCAUAAUUGCUCUAAUUGUUGGUUUGUCAGUUGGUAUUCGAUGAUGCUUGGAUAACUUCAGCAUGCAUGUCUCUGCCAAUGCGGCAAAAAUGACAUUCAUAAUUAUUUGUGUAACUGUCUUGCUUGUGAUCCUUGGAAUUAUCCUAGCAGCUACAUUAUCAUAGCAAGCACAUUCCAAGAGUUUAAGAAUCUUCAGGCUCCAAAUCACAUCUGCAAUGAAACCAAAUAUCCUAACCUUUUCUUGGGUAAAAGAUGCCUUACACCAUGUUACACAUGAUGUUCAGUGCUGACCUGUCAUUAUUGAUUUAAAGGUGAAAACACAGUGGCACCUAAUGUUUAAUCAUAUCUGUAAAUUGAAGUGUAUAUGGGAAAUCAGUUGGAUUUUCAUCAGAAACUACAUGGAUCUGUCAGUGUGAAACCUGCUUUUAAUGGUUUUGAACUAAAGUGAUUUGGGAAUUCCAUUUUUUGAUAUUUCAGUGUUAUAAAUGCAGAAUUUAAUUAGGGAAUUGUGAAACUAUUGAGUUAUGGCUAUUUGGUAUAAUUUUUCCACUUCUAAUGCAAUUCUAAUUCAGAAUUUUAGUACCACAUUUGUGGUGGUCUUGUUAGCAAAAUAAUUGAUUCUCUGAGCACUGUUUUGUAGGAGACAUAGCCAUAACUUUAAAUAAAACAUUUACUGGUUAGUCAUCUUGCUCUAUCCAGUUUUUUAGGGGAAAAAAAUUCCCUCUUCAGCUAGUGCUGCCUCAUUUUAUUUUAAAAAUCAAUUUGUGUUUAAAGAUAUUAUAAAAUUGUGUUUUUAAUUCAAGGGGAAAAUCCUGCUUCCAGAAAGCUUAUGAAGCAACCAAAUAGCGUUCUGUUAAUAGUGACUAUAAAACUUGAACUGUUUUUAAAAACCUUCCAGUAAAGAUUGUUUAGAAGAUUGCACUUAAGUCCAGUUCUGCUUGUUUCAUUAUGUUAGAAUUCUUAGAUUUUUUUAAAAAAAAAAACACUAGUUAUUCUGUUAUGAAGUUUAUUGUUCUAUUUACUUUGAGAUUCAUUGUGCUUUAUUGCUCAAAAUGUGUGUCUAAUCUAUAUAAUCAAGACAGUGGCUGCAACAUUUUCCUGGUAUAAAAAUGCAAUAAUGAAGCACAGAUAUAGUUUUUGAACUUUUUGGGAAGAUAUUCCAAAAUAAAAUUUGUUGUGCAUAUGAAAACAAAACCAACAGAGCAGUUAGCCUUACAACUUUGACCAGAUUGCCAUAAGGCACAGUUCAUCUUGUUCCUUAAAGAGCAAAAAUCAAGACUUAAUUUUCAAAUGUUUGCAAGUGGUGGUGAGAAAAGAUAGUAACGAAUAGGCUUCUUUAAUUGCAUUGUGUUUGGAUUUGCUAAUAAUACACUGAUUUGUUAUGAAAUUUACUUUUGUGAAUUUAUGUAACAAGUAUGAAGAGUUUAGUAAUAGCUAUCAUAACAGACGUAUUGCAGCUUGUAAAGUUUUAAACAUUUCAAACUUAACCAAAAUAGCUGAAUUUAAUGUUACAGGUUAUUUUUGUUCUUGUAUCAUUUCUGUGUAAAAUAUUUAAUUUGUGUUUUGAUUUCUCAUUUGAAUAUGUUCAUGUAGAUAUGUAGAUAUAUUUACACUUAAAGUGAAAUUGAAAAAAGAAAAGGUGCCUUCUUAAAACGUGGCUUACAUCUCUUCAUUUUCCUGUUUUCAGGUGGUGACAAAUAUUGUUUUGCUUUAGAUAAUGUUACAUGUUGCAACUUUUUAGUACUACAGCUUACUGACUCAUUACGCAUUAAAAUGUUCUUAUUUAAAAUGUCUGAAGCAAGUUAUACAUUUAAAAUGUAACUAAUUGAAAUCCUUCUUUAUGUUUAGCAAGAUUUACAAUGUAUGCCAUCUGUUGAGGGAUAUUCCUGCUUGAUGCUGUCCAAAUAUACUGUGAAAUUCUUUUCAGAUUGUAUUUUGCAAAUGGUGAUCCAUGGUGAAAGCAGAUAGGAACAAAUAGGCUUCUUUAGUUGCAUUGUGUUUGGGAUUGCUAAAUGAGAUCCUGAUUCAGUAAUUUUAUCCUGAAAACACUUGUAAAAGAUUAUUCAUGGACUCUUACAAAUCAGCUAUCAAGAAAUGUAUUGAAAUUUUCAUCUUAAUUAAUGAACAAAUUUCUUUACCUUUUCUUAAGUGUGGACAGCCAUGAGUGACUAUGGAGGUCUUUAUGCAAAAUACUGAAACAGUUGGUAGACUUGAAAUGGUCAGUUCUUAAGUAAAAUGUAUUUUUUAUUUAAUAGCUUUGUUUUCUAGUAUUUAGUAAUAAACCAUAUUUAUAGAAAUGUACAGAUUAUUCUAUAUCAGAAAAAUAUCAGAUAGUGCUGUUGAUAGAAGGGGAUUAUCUACAUCAACCAAAAAAGAAGUGUGUAACUUUUUUUGCAUUCAUUUGCAAGAGAUUCUCCGUUCAGAAUAUAAAUUGAAAGGGUCAUUUAUGACUUUAUAUUUUUUGUUCAUAUACUUGCCUCACAAUUUUAUUAAAAAAAUAUAUAUACAAGUAUAUUUAAAAUUGCACACAGGUGCACGUGCUUACUUCCUUGUCACUUCAGGAGCAAAUAACCGGUUUCUAGUUAAAUAAAUGGAAAAUAACACUAAUUUCCCAUUCGCUAAUAAAUUUGUCUAUGCAAGUAUUUCA